GAUGCCAGAAGGACACAGGCAACUGCGAGUACCCAGACCCUUCUUGGAUCUACUGACACUUGAAACCACAUUCCAUCACUCGCUCAACAUCAUGCAGGUCCCCACGGCUGCUCUUGCUGUCCUCCUCUGCACCAUGGCUCUCUGCGACCAGGUCUUCUCCGCACCACUUGGCGCUGACACCCCAACGGCCUGCUGCUUUUCCUACGUCUCCCGGCAGAUUCCACGCAAAUUCAUAGCUGACUAUUUUGAGACCAGCAGCCAGUGCUCCCAGCCAGGUGUCAUCUUCCUAACCAAGAGAGGCCGGCAAGUGUGUGCUGACCCCAGUGAGGCCUGGGUCGAGGAAUACGUCACUGAUCUGGAACUGAAUGCCUGAGUGGCUUGGAGGCAGCAAGGAACCCAGUGACCUCCGUGGGACCUUGGGGAGCAGGAGCCUGUGUCUUGGAAACAUCCCUGUGACUCCAUAGCUACCUCUCCUAUGGGCUGGUUGUUGCUAAACAGCCUCACUCUUAACUUAAAUUUUUAUUUAUUUAUAUUAUUUAAUUUUUAUAAUUUAUUUCAAUUUUCAUUUCAUUUUGUGACUGUUUUGCUCCAAAAGAUCCCAGAGCACCUUCUUUACCACUCACCCCUUCCCCCUUUGCUCACACUGUUUGGUGACAGUCGAGUGGCUGUCAUCAGCUUCUUCCAGGCAGACAUGGUCUCAAAGUCGUCAAACUGACAGAUACAUAGUGGGUCCUUUGGCUCCGGGCUGUGUCCAGCUGGUGAAAUAAUAAAGAUGCUCUUUUAAA